CUGCCUGAGAGUGAGGCCUGUGACUACGUUGCUUUGCUGGGAGCUGAGAGAGCUGCUGGACAGUGGGCACAGGUGUCGGGUCAGAAACUGAGAGAGCUGCCCUGCGGCGUAAACCGUGCUGCAGUCUCCCUGCGGCCGUAACCGGUCUCCCCAGCCGCCAGUAGUGUUUGAAAAUGCCCAAAAAGAAGACAGGUGCCCGGAAGAAGGCAGAGAGUCGCAAAGAGAGGGAAAAACAGCUAAGGGCAGCUCGAGGAAAUGUGGACCUAGCCAAACACCCCUGUAAUGCUUCUAUGGAAUGUGACAAAUGCCAAAGACGGCAGAAGAACAGAGCUUUUUGCUAUUUCUGCAGUUCUGUACAGAAGCUGCCGAUGUGUGCCCACUGCGGAAAAACCAAAUGUAUGAUGAAAUCCUCAGACUGUGUAAUUAGACAUCCUGGUGUUUACAGCACUGGCAUGGCAAUGGUGGGUGCAAUUUGUGACUUCUGUGAGGCCUGGGUGUGCCACGGCAGGAAAUGCCUCAGUGUGCACGCGUGCCUCUGUCCGCUAGCCGCUGCUGAAUGCAUUGAAUGUGAACGGGCAGUCUGGGACCAUGGUGGCAGGAUAUUCAGCUGCUCAUUUUGUUACAACUCCCUGUGUGAAGACGACCAGUUUGAGCAUCAGGCUAGUUGCCAGGUCUUGGAGGCAGAAACCUUUAAAUGUGCUUCCUGCAAUCGCUUAGGGCAACAUUCAUGCCUCCGCUGCAAGGCAUGCUUCUGUGAUGAUCAUGCUCGAAGCAAAGUUUUCAAGGCGGAGAAGGGAAAGGAGCCGCCCUGCCCCAAAUGUGGCCAUGAAACCCAGCAAACUAAGAAUUUGAGCAUGUCUACACGUAACCUGAAGUUCGGCAGGCAGAGCGGAGCCAAUGACGAUGACGAUGGUGCCUCUGGCUAUGAAAACUACUGGAAGAAUCUUGCGUCUGGUGCCACCAACACCUACUACGAUGAGGAGGAAGAGGAGGAUGAUGAUGAGGAUGAUGAAGAAGGGGAAGAUGAAGAAGGAGAGAGAGACUCUGACACAGAGUCUUCAGAACCUUUUAGUCACUUGAAUUUAGGCAACACAUAUGCUAGUGGCUAUGCUCACUAUGAAGAGUCUCAAGAAUGAGACAUUUAAAUGGUGCGCAGAACAGUCAGAUCACAGUAGCUUUACUGUACACUUACUAGCCCAUUGUGUAACACCUGUGCCUCAUUUGGUAAACAGAAUGCAGUGCUCAUAUGUAAAGUUUAUUUCAAUAUUAGUUUAUCAUGAAGUCUUGUUACUUUCCCCGAAUAUUUAACAAUUAGGAAAUAACAUGUUUUUUGUUCUACAUAAAUGUAAAUCUAUUUGUUGCAUAGAUUGCAACACCACAGUGAUGCCCAAUAAUUAUGAGAAAGCAUGAUAAAAUGCUUACAUGACCUUUCAAUGCAAGAACUCUUACGUAAUGGACUGUGGGCUCAAUCCGAUUACCUGCGAAGGGGGCGAGUUACCACUGCAGCAUCUCGAAAAUGCUGGCAACGGCACCGGAAUUUGCCCCCUUUGUGGCCCGAUCUUUUACCACGGACUCCCAGAUUUUUGUAUAAACCCUAUGGGGCUGUGAACAAAAACCCACGAAUCCGAGUACAUGCAGCCGCACUUACUCGCAACUCGCGACUUUAUCCUGGUUAAUUGGAUUGUUAUUUAGGGGCAGACUCGGUUAACAACACGAUUCUGUUGCAAGCAUUUAUGGUUAUUACAAGCGAUACCUCUAUGGGAUGUGAGCAAAAUGUAACGAAGGUUUUAUUGCCCUAAUAUCAAUGGUGUGCCCUCAUGGCUGUUAGAAUCUGCCCCUGAUUUUGCGAAGUAUGAAAAAGUCUUUAAAAAACUUGCAUGGUUUAAAAUGGGUUAAUGUACAAAAUUCUUACAAUAAAUUCCAAACCAUAUCAUUUUAUCAAGAAUGUACUAAUUUCUGUGGAACAUUGAACUUUAAAUGUGUUAUUUUAUUUAUGAUUUACAAGAGGAGCAUUUUUUGUGAAGGGGCAAUCUUGUUUUUUGGACAAGUUUACUAUAUGGUCGCUUUUAAUGAGAUUUUGGCUGCAAUAUGGAGAAUUAUUUUGUGUGCGUCACUCCGACACAUUAACAGUCCCAACUGGGUUAUUUUAUUGCAAGGGAGGGUUCAUGACUGGCUUCCAAUUGGAUCAAUAAAAUAAUUGUAUUCUAUAUAA